AUGGCCCUCCCCCCGCUCCCGGUACCCUCUUUGGAGACACUACGCGCUGCCCUUCCGCCGUCGCUCGCCCCCUUCACCGCCCCAUCUGCGCUCGAGUCGCUGGUUGCAGAGCUGGCAAGCCCCAAGACGGCCGAUGCGCUCGAGCCCCUCUUCCGCUUCCUCUACGCCCGGGCCGAGUCUACUGCUGCCACUUCUGCCGCUGCCUCUGCCGCAACUGCCGAUGCCGCAACUUCCGAUGCCGAUGCCGAUGCUGGUCAUGUCGCAGUCGAUCCCUGCUCCUCGUGCGAGUCAUGGCUCUCGGCGUGGUGGCUUGAUGCGGCGUACUUGGCCUUCCGCGCGCCGCUGGUGGUCAACUCCAACUACGCCUUUGUGUUUGACGUUCCGCUGACAGACGGCCCAUACCGCCGAGCAGCAGCGCUGAUGCUUGCCACUCGCGAUCUGGCCCGCGGCUGGCACGAGGACAAGGUCAUCCCUGGUGAGAACGGAUCAAACUGCACUGCCGCCUACCCGCGGCUGUUCAACUCGUGUCGGCUGCCGGCGCCCGGCUCCGACGUGCUCCACGCCGCGUCGACUGCGCUCUAUCACGUCGUUGUCUGGGCGCAUGGUCACCCAUACGUGGUCGAGCUCGGCCGCGAUGGCGGCGACGUGGCCUCGCUCGCCUCCACUCUGGUAGCGGUGGUCGACGAUGCGGCGGCACGCACCGAUACCGCUGGCCUCGGCGUCCUCUGCGCCCUUCCGCGCGAUGAGUGGCUUGAGGCUUCGACUAUCGUUGACGCUGACGGCUACCGCGUGCUCCAAGACGCCCUCUUUGAGCUUGUCCUGGAAGCCGAUGCGCCGGCCGCCGGCGCGCAUGCCGAGCUUGUCGCCUCGGCCCUCACCACCACCGACGGAUGGCUCGAUAAGACCCUCUCGUGGCUGGUCUACGCCAACGGGGCGCUUGCACUCAACGGCGAGCACUCGGGCGUCGACGGCAUGCCGAUGCUCCUCGUCACCCGCGCCGCCGUGGCGCGCGCGCUCGAGUCCGAAGCCAGCGCCGCAGACCCGCAGGCUGUCGCGCCUCCCUUUGCGCGUCUCGACCUCGUCGGUGCAGCUGCCGAGUCGCUCGCGGCCCGCACUGCCUCGGCCCGCGCCUGGCUCGACACCUACCUCGCGGCCUCGCUCGACGUCGCCGUCCUGCGCUUUGACGAGUUUGGGAAGGACCAUAUCAAGGCCGUCGCCCGCAUCUCGCCUGAUGCCUUUUGCCAGGCGGCCAUCCAGGCCGCAUACUAUGCGCUUCACGGCACAGCUGCACCGACCUACGAGUCGGUGACCACCCGCCGGUUCGCCGCAGGCCGCACCGAGACCCUGCGGGCAGCAAGCCCUCAGAUGGUUGCCUUUGUCGAAAGCCUCGUCCGCGGCGAUGCAACGCCCGACGAGCUCGAGGCCAAGGCGCGGACGGCAGCGGAGCAGCACUCGGCCCUGGCGCGCGCCGCGGCGUCGGGCGCAGGUGUCGACCGGCUCCUUCUCGGACUCCAGCGCGCAGGUGCAGCGCUCGAGCUCUCGCUCCCACACGCUCUCGUCUGCGAUGCCACGGCCGCGGCAUCGACCUGGGCGCUCUCGACCUCGCAGGUGACCGAUCCGGUGGCGUCGGCAGCGUUUGGCCCUGUCGUCGACCGUGGCUUUGGCGUGUGCUACGGAGUCCGGCGCAGCGGCCUUGUCUUCAACAUCACCUCACAAGGAUCAGCCCGCGGCAGCGACGCGCCGUCGGCGGCAGCCUUCGCCUCUAGCCUCGACGCCAUGCUGCAGCGGGUGUGGGCUGUCUUUGCGCGCGACGACGCCAAGCUUUAGUCACGCUACCCGGUGGCUCAAUACCACGAGACGUUGUAGUGCUCGAGCGUCCGGAGGACUCGCAGCGAGCGGUCCUCGCGGAUCAUCGAGAGAAGCCGGGCGUUACACUGGCCGAUCGACUCGAGCGGGAGGGUACCGACGUAGAGCGCGUACAGCUCGUAGACGCGAAGGUGGCGGACGUCCGGGUGCUGCGCCGCAAUGACCGACUUGAGCGCGUUGAGCUCGAGCGCGUUGCCCUGUGGGGUGGCUGGGAGGCUGAUCGGCAGCGACUCGCCGUCGCCGUUCUCAGCCACCAGGUGGUACGAGUAGCAGAGCCCGUCCUUGUAGAGGGCGAGUGAGGUGAAGCCGGCGGCGAGCGCCUCGUGGGCGUGGCGGGCAAGGUCCCACACCCGGGCUUUGAUGAACGCGACUGAGCCCGACGGCUCAGGCCCAGUGCUCGAGUCCGGCUCGGCGAGCCGGCCGUGGAGCGGGAUAAUCGUCGGCGCCGUCACUUGCUCGUGGGUCCGGUCGACAAACAUAAAGUGGACCAUGC